AUGACCACUCACAUGGCUGCCAUCGCUGUCGCAAAAGGCGAACCGUUGAAGCUCCAAGCCCGGUCCACGCCGAGACCAGGCCCAGGCGAGCUCCUCAUCGAUGUCAAAUCCGUCGCCCUUAACCCUGCAGACCGCUUGAUGCGCGAUCUAGGCCUCUUCAUACCCACCUACCCUACAGUCAUCGGCUUCGAUAUCUCGGGACUAGUCCUUGAAGUGGGCGAGAAUGUCCCCGUCGGUGAGAUUGAUGUGAAAACUGGGCUUUGUUUCCGACCGGGUAUCACCCGUGUGGCCGCCUUCGCUGCCUCCUUCUGGAGGUCUUGCGAUCCUGACUAUGGUGCCUUUCAAGAACGGUGCAUCGUCCCCUGGCAGCAUGCCGUGCCUCUCCUUGAUGAUGGAGUUACUUGGAAUCAAGCGGCAACUUUGCCCGUCUCUGUUGAGGUUCCCCUGAAUGCAUGGGAUAUCAUGGGCAUUCCACGGUUGGGCGAAGCGACUGCUCCUACUUCCGUCUCCACUGCCCACGACGGUUCCAAUACAAGCGAAGGAACCCAGACCAAGAAACAAAAAGGAGAAGCCCUCUUAAUCUGGGGCGCUUCCUCCAGCGUGGGCACGAUGGGCGUGCAAACUGCCCGGCUACUACGAGAAGAUCGUGAUUCUUCUUUCUCCGCAGUAUACGCCACGGCAGGUGCAGCUAAUCACAAGUACAUAGCCUCUCUCGGCGCGAAUCGCGUGUUUGAUUACAAAGAUCCACAGGUUGUGGAUGCAAUUGUCUCAGCGGCCAGAGCAGACGGCCUAGUGAUUCGACACUGCUUCCUUGCUACGGGUCAAUUGGCGUUGUGUCAGACUGUACUUAAGGCUUUUCUCGGGGGUGAUCAUGUAGGAGAAAGCCAGAAGGCAAGGAUUGCGUCAGCACCAGUUAUUCCUCCGGACACAGAGAAGGUCAGCGGGGUGGAAACCAUCUUCGUGAUGCCAUCAGCGAAUGAAGAGGAGAGGUUGGCUCAGUUCCGAUAUUGGAUGGGGACUUGGUUGAGGGAGAACUUGGGCAAAGGAGUUAUCAGGCCGAGUCCGGAGCUGAGGGUCGUAGGAAAGGGUUUGGGGGCUAUUAAUGCCGGGUUGGACUUGCUACUUCAAGGUGUCAGUUGUACAAAGUUGGUUGUUGAGGUUGCUGAGUGA